AUGGAAUCUAUUUCGUUUGUGAAAAUGUGUGUUUUAUGGAAUGGUAAUAAAGGUGAGUAUUUUGAAACCAAAAAGGGACUUAGACAAGGAUACCUCAUUUCUCCUUAUGUUUUUGUCCUAUGUAUUGACAAGCUAUCUCAUAUGAUAAUUGAGCAAGUAGAGGAGGGAAGAUGUGAAGGAGCGAAAGCUGGGAAGUCAAGCCCCACUGUUUCUUGCCUUAUGUUUGCUGACGAUUUAAUUUUGUUUGGAAGAGUUGUAGAGAAUCAAAUAACUUGCAUUAUGGAAGUUUUAGAUAAAUAUUAUGGAGAAUCCGGUCAGAGAAUUAGUUAUGAUAAGUCUAGGAUUUUAUUCUCCAAAAGUACUGAUGUUUAUACGAGAAGAAAGAUUAUUCAAUUUUAUGGAAUUAAAGAAGCAAAGAAGUUUGGGUAUUACCUAGGAGUGCCUCUCACAGGAAAGUUCCCUAAGGCGAAGGACUAUCAAUAUCUAGUGGACCCGGCCAAAACUAAGUUGUCUAGCUGGAGAGGCAAACAAUUGUCCUUUGCAGGAAGGUUAACUCUAGCUAAGUCAGUGCUGAAGGAAAUUCCAACAUAUACUAUGAUGAGUAAUAUGAUACCAAAUACCUUCUUUAAGAAUAUCUAA